UGUGUGUGUGUGAGGUCUCUAAAGAACAAUCAGUUGGAGGAACGAGACAGAACCAGAACGAAGCAGACGAGACAGACGAUGGAAACGCCAGCGUGGAGACGGACACAAAGACAAGAGAAGACAAACUGAAACCACAAAGAUCCGUUCAGGACUCAUCUGACCAAGAGCAGGACCAGGACCAGGACCGGUACCGGUACCGGUACCGGGGGGGGGCUGAACCACGAUGGACUAUGAACCCAAGAAGUCAAAGAAGGGUUUUGUAUCUCCUAUCAAGCGGCUGGUUUGGUCUAAAUCCGGUCGCAGGCCGGUGGAUCGAGGCAGCGUUUACCGGCGGCCGCUGCACACCGUCCCUCUCUACCCCCCCGACUACCUCAUCCACCCUGAGAGACUCAUCUUCGACUACAUAGAGAAGGAGGUCAAGUUCCUCGGUCACCUGACCUGGGUGUCGGUUUCACUGAACCCCUCCAGCCGAGACGAGCUGCUGCAACUCCUGGACACCGCCAGGCAGCUGAAGGUGCUGCCGCUGAAGACCAGCGUGGAUCAGGACUGUAUCCUGAGUCUGUCCGCUCGCUGUCUGCUGCUGACCUGGAGAGACAACGAGAAGCUGCUGGUGAGGAUUCCCACGCACGAGAUCGCCGCCGCGUCCUACCUGAGGGACGACGCCCUGCACCUGCUGGUCCUCAAGACAGGUCUGAACGUGGACACGGUGGUCGCCGGGGACGACAGCCUGGACAGGAAAAAGACGACGGGCGUAGACGGCCGACGCCAAACCAUGAGCUGCAACGCCGACCCUCGGCCCGCAGGGGGCACGAUGGAGCGACGACACACCAUCUGUGGAGUGGACUGGAGGCCGUCACUGUCCAGGAGUAACCACGACAAGAACCAGAACAUGGAGAGAGGAGGAGGAGGAGGAGGGGGGGAGAGAGGAGGAGGAGAGAGAGGAGGAGGAGGAGAGAGAGGAGGAGGAGGAGUAGGAGGAGAGAGAGGAGGAGGAGGGAGUCUAGAGAGGAAGAGAGUGGGAGGGAGCUGGGAGAGGAGGCAACAAACACGUAAGACAGGAGGGAGCUGGGAGAACCGCAGAGCCAGACCCAUGAGCGGGAGCUGGGGGGUGGGAGGAGGAGGAGGUGCUGGGGGAGGCAGCUGGGAGAAGAGGCAUGGGGGGGGAGGUGGUGGAGGAGGUGGGAGCUGGGAGAGGAGGGGAGGAGGAAGUGGUGGAGGGGGUAGCUGGGAGCGGCGGCAAGCCUGCACAGGAAGCUGGGAACGAGGGAAGAGCUACGGCAGCUGGGAGAGGAGGAACCACAACCCGCUGGAGCCCACGCCGUGUCCCGACGCCUACUGCAACCUGGUCAUCCUGGCUGUGGAGAACAGGGAUGCUGCAGAGGAGUACUGCUCUCUGAUCUGUCAGAUGUUCCAGAUCAUUUACGGCCAUCAGACCAUUGAGUGUGUGGACCGAGCCGGCUUCCAUCACGCCGUGCCGGACCGCUACUGGCUGGAGAGGAGUGACAGCUGUCUGAGCGACGUGUCGUACGGUUAUGAUCCAGAGUUCAGCUGCUGCAGCUCAUAUGACGGCUGUUCCCAGGAUGCCUUUGAGCUCUACUACAGCGAGACGUACAGCGACAGUUCGUCCGUCUCGCUGCAGGACUCUCGUCGUAGUCUGUCUUCAGCCGCUGACGGAGGAGACGGUAACCCCGCCCUGCUGCUGAUGCAGGACUACAUGAUCACUCUGCGUAACAAGCUCAGUCCAGUGGAGUUGCAGCACUUCGCCGUGUUGCUGAGAGAAUACAGACUGGGAUCAAACAUCCACUCUUUCUGCUCCGAGCUGCUGCAGCUAUACGGAGACGAGCGCAAGUUCCUGCUGAUGGGCAUGCGUCCCUUCGUCCCCGACAAGGACGUCGGGGUGUUUGAGAGUUUCCUGGAGAGCAUCGGGAUCCGAGAGGGCGGCAUUCUGACCGACAGCUUCGGACGCAUCAAACGCAGCAUGAGCAGCACGUCGGCGACGGCCAUGAGAGGCAGGUACGAUAACGGCUCUCUGGCUUCAGGAUCUCAGGAAUUCAACCAACGCAUCACCGACAUCACCCACGACAUCCAGGCACUCGGCUUCCAGGACACUCACGGAGACAUCGAGGAGGAAGACUACUACCUCUGAUGGAGGGAUGAAGAGACACAGAGACAGAGAGACACAGAGAGAGAGACAGACAGAGAGACAGAGAGACGUUCUCUCCAUUGAUAGACGAUAAACUGUAAAUAUAAAUCAUCUGACUUAAUGUUGGUGUGUAAAAUGCACUCUGCUCUAUUAUUAUUAUUAUUAUUAUUAUUAUUAUUAUUAUUAUUAUUUUUAUUAUUAUUAUCAUUAUUAUAAUAAUAAUAAUGAUAAUAAUAAUAAUAAUG